AUGUCGGACAAUGGCGCCGUUCUCAAGGGAGAUGAGCCCCUCCUCAGGACGACUGGUCUCGUGCUAGUUAUGAAUACGCCAAAGGGUCGAGGCGUCUUCGCGACUCAGGAUAUCCCACGCGGGGCCGUGGUGGAGGUCAGCCCAGUACUGAUAUUCACCGGGGAUGAGGUUGAGAAACAUACUCAACAUACAUGCCUUCAGCACUACACCUAUUACUGGCCGUCUGAAUCGGGCCGUACCAUGACCCAAGCUCUUGCGCUCGGACUCGGGUCCAUGUUCAACCACUCCACGCGGGAUCAAAACGUGGGCUGGAAGCGCAAUACCGAGACCGAAGUCAUUGUCUACACUGCACUACGCGAUAUCAAGGCCGGUGAGGAAUUGUGUAUCUCCUACGGUAGCGUGCGGCUCUGGUUCGAAGAUGUCGACACCAACGCCAGGGGAGAAGAAAUCGGAGCUGACGAGAACGAUACUGGAGGAGAAACCUUGGCAGAGUUGGAGUUGAGCGGGUUAGGGAAGAUGGAUCUCUAG